ACAUGGCACGGUAAGAUUCUAGCAUCGUUUCUCCCCAAAUUGUAACUUAUUCAAUAAGUUUAUUAUCUGCAGCUAGAGGACUUAUACUUCAACAUAAAUCCAUCUACACAGUUCAUUUGGAUUUAAGAGUGAUAAGGACCUUGUUAUCACUGAGGGCUCCUCCCUCCUCCUUGGAUGUGCUUUACAAUCAAAAACCAAACUGAUCGGCUGCAAAACGCAUGAUAUAUUAGUCCACUUCAAUUCCUUGCAGCUAAAUGAUGAAGUAAGAUGAUCACAAAUUUAAGAGAAAAAGGUUUUCAAGCUAAGCAGGAAGGUGGAACCGAUGAUAUCAGAUUCUCCAAGGCAUCAUCCAGCUCAAGAUCACAAUGGUCAGGACUUAAAAAUCCAAGAAUUGUUCGUGCCUCGCGUUCCUUUGGAGGAAAAGAUAGGCAUAGCAAGGUUGUCACUGUGAGGGGAUUAAGAGACAGGCGGAUUAGGCUUUCAGUACACACUGCAAUUCAGUUAUAUGAUCUUCAGGAGAGGCUGGGGCUUAAUCAGCCUAGCAAGGUCAUAGAUUGGUUGCUUGAAGCCACUAAACAUGAAAUCGAUAAGCUUCCUCCACUCCAAAUUCCCCCAGGAAAUUUCAAUCAGUUCCAUCAGCCAACAAUGCUUUCCCACAAGUCAUUUGUCCCUCAACCUUCUCUCCCUCCCUUCUUUAAUUCGAAUCCACCAUUCAUAAAAGAUGGAGGAACUCAAUCUUUGCCGUGUAACAAGGAGGGUAUUAAGAUCAAUUACAAUGUUGGAGAAGAGCAAGCCAUGGCAAAACUGAAAGCUUGGGAUACGGAUGCUACUUUGAGAGAGAAGUGCAAGGAAGUUGAAAGAGAGAGUGGCAUUAACCAGUACAAAUCCCGCCUACGCGAGGUACUAGGAGGGGAAGAACAUCAAGAUCAUGGAAUUGGAGGUUACAGUACUGCACAAGUUUCCACUCAAAACUUCUUCCCAAUAUUCAACCACACUUCUUUUCCAAGCUUUCUAAACAAUGUCAUGCCGUACUACCCUUACUAUCAGUGGGAGCCUUCAAAUUUGUCUUUGUCCCAAUUUGGAAGCCAUGGAUUCAUAUCCCAGACAGAAGAUCCCCAAGCCGGUCAUUCUCCUGUGGCGCUGCUGCCAUCUUCAUUGGCUCUUUCAUCUGGACCUCAAAUGUUUUCCUCUACGUCGUCUGUAUCAACACCGACAGUACUCUUCCCUCCGUACCCUACUUAUAUUACCACUCCACUUGAGAAAGACCCAAGGCAAAUCAACCCUUUCAACUUGAGCUCAAGUUCACAACAUAAUAUUCUUCCAAAUUAGUGGAUUGUUGCAAAUGACUAGUAAUUUGCCUUUGAUUUUGUUUGAUCAUUAAUGCUUAUCAUGGAUAGGGACCGGAAUGGAUCAGACCAACACAAAUUGCACCUGCAAGGAUUGUUUCCUGCCAUGCAGACUCUCUUCAAUACAUGUAAGAAACUCUUUCUUUUACAUGUAUAUAUCAUUAUAUAUAUAGAACAUAUUUUACGUACGUGGAAGGUUUGUAAUAAUCGUUGUGUUACAUAUGGUGUUGUAUUCUUCGUAGUUGACUCUUUUCUUGUUAUAAUAUAUACAAUCUCAGGUUUGACA